AACGGGCGCGCGGGGAAUGGUGUGGUACCAAAUAUCAAGGACCCACUGCGCAGGAUUCAAGCUCGGCGAUGAAAUGGGAAUCGAAAACGCAAUACUUGCAACGUAGCAGCCGUCGAGUUUAGUUCGAAAUCGUGUCGUUCUGGUUCUUCCUGUUGACUGGAGAGAGGUCCUGGUUUGAGUGUUUGCAUCAUUCCAGGCUGAUUCGGUGUGUGGGCUCCCCGAUUUUUUUCGGUUCUGUUCUCUCGAGGCGCGGAUAGAAUAUCCUGAAAAUUGACAAGUUGAAUCGAUUAAAAGGGUUUGACACGGUUGAACAUCAAAAUAUUUCUUGGUUGAAAUCAUCGGGUGCUUGGAUUGUUUCGAUGAUUUUCUGAGAAAGGAUAGAUGCAAGUCUAGGCUGCCCCAAAUACGCCCCAGAAAAAUACACCCACUUGGAUGUAAUGAGUGUGUUGUGCUUUGGUAGUAGUCAAAGUGUGUGCAACUGGAAAGCUUUUCUGUGAAUUGUCCUGUCUAAAAUAUGAUUUAGUGAAUCCUGGUGAAGAGUUUUUCCUUUCAAGUGUUAAAGGGUAUUGAAGAAGAAGAAGAAGAUGGAACAGGCUCGAGUCCACUCGAAGGGCAAGCAUCGCAGUUCCCGAUCCGGGUCCAGUUCCCGCAGGGUAUCUUCCAGUAGUGGUCAUCUGCGGUCGGAUCAGGUGGCGGUGGUGGAAAAUGGUGGAAGUGCAAGGGAAGAUGAUGAAGUGGCUAAAAAUAGAGCAUCGGUUGCUGGUCCUAUCGCAAAAGCUCGCAGCUCUCAACCCCUAGAUGAAAAUGUAGAUAGUGGAAGCACAACAACGAAUGCCAGUUAUAGCGCCAAUGGAUCGACCGUUCAGUCCUCCCCCCAUAAUAACAAUAACAUCGUCGAUCCGGCAGAAGACGAAGAUGCUGCGGCUGCAAUUGACGGAAACCGAAAUGCCUCGGAGCAUCCACUGGAGACGGCCACUUCGGUAGAAACCGUCCCCGGUAGUGAAAAUAUCCAGAAAGGCAUUCUCGGGUACAUGGACCGGCAGCUAAAAGUCCAAUCACUCUCCGACCCUCAGAAAAGUCCGGCCCAACGAAGCACCCGGAGCCGGUCAAGUCUGGACAAGAGUCCUCGUCGCAAGCGAAGCAAAUCGGAAUCUCGACGACGAAGGGAGCGGAAAAUUAUCGCCGCCGGCGAAAUGGAAGUUCGACAGGCCAACGAAACUUUGAUGCGUUACCUUAAGCAGUGUUCCGACUUCAACGACGCUUCCCUAUCCGGGGACUUGGAGAUCCCGGAAAACCUGGAAGACAGAAGGGUCCAUCGGAAGACCCGGUGGCAACGGGAGAGGAACAAACAGCACCAGCAACAGAAUGUUCCAUCGAAGCCCACGGGAGAUGACACGCUUAACUAUCAUGGCGAAAUCUACAACCCGUUCACUCCGGUCGUUUCGCCCACAACGGACUCCGCACCGACCCGAAUCGAUAAAAUGUACAUCCAGACGGCCAGCGGAUAUCGACCGGUAGACAAUACUUACCACAACUCGCACCAUCAUCAUCUGCAUCACCAUCAGCAGCAUCACCAUCACUCCCACUCGCAUCUCCGGCAGCUCAGAACCGGGGGCCCGGGCGGGGAUCCCGAAAGCAAUAACUACUCGAUAAGCACAGCGGUGCAUCUGUCCUGUGCAGUGCAGCGGCUUUGGCUGCAUCUGGCCAACGUUUGUCACGGUUUGCUGGGUGGGCUGGCGCUGGCCCAUCUGCUGCUGAUCUGCACCACCAAACCCUACGACUGGGUCGAGGCUUCCAUCCGGCACUAUUCGGCCUACGCGGAAGUCUACGCCAACACCUUCUACUGUUUGGCCAUCGUCUGUAUGGUGUCGAUAUUCGAUAGAAUUGACAUAUCCCACUUCAGUAUGCUGAUGUCCCACGAGAGUGGCAAUAUCUCCUUCCGAUCGGUUAUCAUCAUUAUGAUCUACACGGCAACAGUUACCCUAAGUCUAUCCGCGGGCUCCAUGGACGAACGUCUCUACCUAUCCAGCUCGAAUGUAACGGUCUGGGAGGAGGAACUGGAAACUAACAAGGUCCUCAGCCUCUGGAAUACGCUUUCGAUAGCCCGAAGUGUCGGUGCCAUUUCCGGAUGGUUGAUCGUCGGAAUGUCCCCCAAUGGCGAUCAGCUGUACGACCACCUGGUUGAAAUGGAACGCUACCAGCUUCAGUAGAAAGUAGAAAUUCGGGAUGACAUGCAACUCAAGAUAAUAAUUCACAGCUAUCACAACGUUAGGGCUUUUAAGACAUGCAAUCGCUAACAUAAACAAAUAUAAGUGAGAGACAUUGUUUUGUAAAUAUAUCAAAAGGUAUCUAUCGAUUACACUAGAUAACAAAAUUUUGAGCUCUCGUAUAUCGAGUUGCGAUGAUUUUGGAAGAUGAUCCAUUAAUAAGGUUUGCCAAGAUUAUUCAGCCGGAUAUCUGUGCUCACAAAACAAUAGUUUUUGUUCCAUAGUCAUUAGCUAAUAAACGACCACGAAUCAAUUCCGGAGAUGCAGAUAUUAAAAAAAAACGUUAAAAACAUAACUUGUAACAAUAAACCAGCAAACAAAAGGGAGAAUUAAAGGACUACAAUAGGAUACAACCGAGUAAAAAGUAAAAAAAAACAUAUUACAAUCUUACCAACUGAAAACACAAAAUAAAUCAGAACCAAAUUACGAAUUUCUCAAUUUAAAAAAAAAACUAAAACAACCAAACAAAUACUUACAAAUACAUGUUGCCAUUUAUUUCGACCACAAAGUAUUGUCCGAACAUUGUAACACAAUAAUAUUGACUUAGGGUUCAUAAAAUCUGUUCGUCCUAAAACAAUCAAUCAGUCAUUAAAGGAAUUUAUAACUCCAUUAGUUACCCACACAAAUUUAGCGCAAAUAUUAAAACCCACAUUCUUACACACGAAAAAGCAAAACAAAAAAAAACAAAACGAUGUACAUAUAGUUUACAAAUAAGAGCACACAGGCAGCAAAAUGAAAAAAAAACCAAAAUGCUUAUUAAGACGUUAUAACAAACAACACAGCAAAACAUAACACAGAACAUAACAAACAGGAGGCGUGAUUAAGGCAUCAUUAGAGUAUAAUGGAAAACAUUUUUUUGUGAAUGAAGGUGUAAGCAAAUGGACUGAGAAAAUUAGAGAUCACUCAUUUUAGGGCAAACAAUCAAGCAAAA